UGACCGGUUAAACAAAUUAUCAUUGGCCAAAUAUUGUCCGGGAACGCGGAGAAUUGAGUUGUAAACGAAGCGCGUGCUUGAAUAAAAAAGGCAGGACUGAAAACAGGCGUGCACCUUUUCAGCACCGAUACUCGUGGAUAGCGGUACUAGUCUUUUCCGCCAGCUAAUCAGACCAGACAAGUGAAGGGAUACGAGCAAACGCGGUUUCAUCGAUAAUCUUAGAGCUAACACAAUUGUGUUAUUCAGCCAAGUGGCUGUCGUGUUCACUGGAUAGUAGCUGUUGAGUCCGAUGCGCGGAGGAUUCGAAGAAAAACUGCACACGCUUUGUUUGCCCUAAAGGGCUGGCUUUAAGUGCGAGGAGUUAGGGAAUAGACGGCUGCUGCUACUAGUAUUGUUGUUUAUUAAAGGGAAGAAAACGUAUUUAAAACGGCCUUCUAUCGUUACACAGCUUUUGACUUGUGCUCAUUGUGAUUCAGCGGGAUCGUGAAUCGGAUGGGACCAGGAAUAACGGCCUGCAAAUGAAGGGAAGCAAGUGGAAAUCGAGUAAUUAAUCAACUCAAUUUAAACGAACAGCCUCAAUCGUGGUGUUUGAUUUUAAGCCACAUUGCUUGUUCGUGUAGAUGCACUCCAUUGUGUGAGCAUCUUUGUAUUAUUCCCGUCGCUCUCUGACCAGGAUCCCGCGCUCUCGCCGGCCCGCCGCCCUCUCGGCUAAAUCUGUGUUUUUGUGCAUUUUGAAUCCGCACGACCCAAUUUGAGAGAAAGAUGUGUUCUCGGGUUUGGUUUGUGACCGACCGGCGUAUUCACCAGGAGUACCCUCAAGUUCAGAUCCUUCGGGCUCUGAAACAGCGAUGUGCCGAGGAGGAUGUUGAAUUCCGCUCGCUUCUCAUGGACCAAAUUGUGCUCACCAUCAGCGAUGGACAUUUAGGUCUGCGGGUGGAGCAGGAGGUGGUGACAUCCUACCCUCAGGUGGCGGUGGUGCGGGUGCCAACACCGUGGGUGCAGUCGGACAGCGACAUCACAGUCCUGCGCCACCUGGAGAAGAUGGGCUGCCGUCUGGUCAACCGGCCCCAGGCAAUCCUCAACUGUGUCAACAAGUUCUGGACCUUCCAGGAGCUGGCCGGCCAUGGGGUCCCCCUCCCUGACACCUUUUCCUAUGGGGGACAUGAGAACUUCCGCAAGAUGAUCGACGAGGCGGAACCGCUGGGCUACCCUGUGGUGGUCAAGAACGCACGUGGUCACAGAGGAAAGGCGGUGUUCCUGGCCCGGGAUAAGCACCACCUGGCUGACCUGAGCCACCUGAUACGGCACGACGCCCCCUACCUCUUCCAGGAGUACGUGAAGGAGUCGCACGGCCGCGACGUCCGGGUGGUCCUGGUGGGCGGACGCGUCAUCGGCUCCAUGCUACGCUGUUCCACCGACGGACGCAUGCAGAGCAACUGCUCCCUGGGUGGUGUGGGGAUGAUGUGUCCACUGAGCGAGCAGGGCAAGCAGCUGGCCGUGCAGGUGUCCAACAUCCUGGGCAUGGACGUGUGCGGCAUCGACCUACUGCAGCUCAACGACGGCUCGUUCGUCGUGUGCGAGGCCAACGCCAACGUGGGCUUCAUCGCCUUCGACCAGGCUUGUGGCAUGGACGUGGCGGGCAUCGUGGCCGACUACGCCCUCUCGCUGCUGCCCAGCCGCCUCACGCGCAAGAUGUCGCUGCUCUCCGUUGUGUCCAGCGCCAGCGAGACGAGCAGCGAGCCCGAGGUGUGCCCCGCCCCCAGCAGUGUCCUCCCCGAGGCCGUGUGCAACAUGAGCGUGGGCUCCACUUCUAGCGAAAGCGACCCGGAGCUGGCCGAUACGACCCCUCAGCCCCCGAGCCGUCAAGCUGGCCCUGACCCGGCGCUGCCCGAACUACCCGACCCAGCCUACAACUUCAACACCAUCCUCGCCAACGAGAUCAAACUAUUAACUGAGUGAGCUGGACACAGCCACGCACGCGCACGCACACACCACACACACACAAACACACACAGACACACACAGACACACAAACACACACAGACACACAAACACACACACUUACAGACACGCACCUGAACACAUGCCGACGGACAUACCUGUUACAGAGCACAAACACAAUCUCCUAUACACGUUACACAGGCAGGAUGUUACAUGCAAAAGCAUGAGCUGAACAAACAAAAAUAAAAUGAGAAAAUGCCAUGACCACAGAAACUGACGUUAUGAACAGACGUAGACACACGCGCCUCCUCAUACUAACCCCCCCCCCCCCCCCCCCCCCCCCAAAACACAUGGAGAUUUGAGGCUGCUCCCCUGACUCUCCUCUUCUCCCCACUGGCUACUACCCAGUUAGUUUACACCGAUGGUGGCACAAGUUGAAACCAGAAGGUUAGCUGAAUUCAUUCAUCUUUUAGCUUUCAGUUGCUUAGUGAAGGCGAGUUGAGCGAGAGUGUUUCUAUUUUUUGGGGAGAACCCUAAAGAGCAUUACAUACACCAGCACAUAGUCCACCGGAAUCUGUCAUCCAAUUUAGCCGAACGCGUACAACCAAAUGCCGGCUUAUGCUGGAGAAUGAUAUUGAUGAGUGGUUGUCGUUGUAGAUCAACCACUGAGGACCUAGCCAAGCUUGCGUUACUGGUGGUGAAUUGAAGUGUUUUGCAAGUUAUUUUCUCCAUGACUGGGGAGGGGUACAUAGGGACUCCAUAGACGGUCCUACUGCUCCAUGAAGCAGAGAACAAACAGGACACCCUGUCACAGGACCUGUUAAGUGCAAAUUAGAGCCAAUUACAUUUUCUACCUGAGAUAAUUCUGGAAAUAGGAUGACUUGAAAUUCACAACUUAAUUAGCAUUAGACUCAUGAAUUAUCUGGCAACAAAAUGGGAUGUAACCCCCAACACUGACAAGGAGCCCCUGAACCUGUGGUCUGACUUCUCCACCCUCAACAACUCAUUGACAAUGUUAGAAAAGCUUAGAGUUCAUUAGAAUAACAAAAGUGACCUAGAACCUUCGCCCCUUGGAUCACGUUGUAUAACAAAACACUACAGGACCUCCACUCAAUUGAAUUCAUUGGAUUAAUAAAAGAAAAUAAAUAAAUAAGCAUAGAGGUCAAGAACAAUUGACAAUGAAAGUCUCUGCGCUACUGUCACACGGUUUUCAAUCUCAUGUUUUUAGCAGAUAGUUUUAAUUAGCCUUUUGAGCUUUUUACAAGAACAAUAGUAAAACGGUGACUUUCUCUUAUGAGAUGUUUUUUUAAAUUUCAUUUGAAAUAAAGCACUUUAAGAUAAACAUAUGAAUUCCAUGAUUGAACUAUACUCGGGAGGGUAGUUAAAUCCGUCUACAGUGAGUUACAGUGAAUUAGAUGAGUUACUGGAAGUUUUACACUAACGAAUAAUAUACCUCAAAACAGAAGUUCUCACUGCCAUAGAAUACACUACUUUGAGUCAUACAUAUCAGCCAGCUUCCUUCUGAUUUCAAGUGAAUGUUCACAUUAGGAGCUCCUCCCCUUGAUACAUAGGAUGUACAUUAGAUAUACUCAAGUCUAUUGUUUGUAAAUUAUUUUAGAAGUGUUCAUUCCAAUGUCUCUGGCUGAUAUGAUAUCCCUAUGGGCUGAAAUAAAUUCUCAAUUUAAACACUUGAGUAAGCUAUUGUGUACCUCAGGUUGGUUUGUACAGAACCGCAAUGUGAAAAAUAAAGUUUUAACUAAGAGCAUGAAUGCUAUUACCUCUGUGAAUUUGGCUAAAUGUGGUUAAUCAGUCCAAUGCUUAGGCCAAUGACAAAUUACUGUUUAUUCGACUCAAGUGAGGUAAACUUCAUAUAACAUGUUGUACAAAUAAAAUGCAAAGUAAAACAUUUUUUUUUCUUCCAGUGUGUUUUUAUUUAAUUUUGUAUUCCUUAAAAGGAAAACAUCUCCAGGGAUAUUUGUUUUCUACAGCUUCUCUCUUGGGCUGUUGGUUACUUGCAGUUAAAUCUUAUACCAUUCAACCUUUAAAAAAAAUUCUGUCGACCAGGUAUCACCUCUGGGGCAUCUGCCAUCAACCGAAAACAUUGUCAGUAAUUAUCUAAAGCACAACCCACCCAUGUGCCCCUUAGUGACUAGCUACAACAUUAGUCUUGAGACCCGUAGCCCAUAUAUAGAAGGCACCUACGUUGAACAGUUGACCCUAAGACAUUACUCAGGGAAGCAGCCUUGAUCUCCUACCCACUCCCAAGGCAUGUGACAUAUCCAUCCUAGCUACAGGUCUGCCUAAAAUGUUUAUUGACAACAAACAAAAAAGAAAUGUUAAACUAUUAAAAGAUGCAGCAUACCAUGAAGGUUAACAUGCACUUUUUUCCUUGCUUGUUUUCUAAUGUUCAGUGUUUUUUCCCUCUAAUUUAUGGUAUUUUUUUAAGGAAAAAAGUGGUUUGUGUGCACUAAUCCUGUCUCAAAUAAAGUGAGGCCGCUGUGAAGCUUGA